AUCCAGGGUAAAUUUAAGAAGGCCAUGCAGGACGACGAGAGGAUCAUGUUCGGUGUUGAAACCGCCGAAACCGUUAACAUGGGUCUCCUGGGCCGAGGUAUUUGUCGGGUGAUGCUGGGGGUAUGUAAUCGGAUCAUACCUGGCAACCACUGGAGUUUUGGCAGCAGCAAAACUAAGGAGAAACCGCAUAUCACAUUCCCCAUCGAGAGUGCCAUUGACAGGUGA